ACCCCUCCUGUGCAUUCAUCACCUCCUGUCGUCUCUCUCUUGCCGGAACAAAUCUGGAAGAAAGAACAUACCUGUAGUGGAUCAUCAACAUAGGCUAAGUUAAGCCAAAAUCUACACAGAUCGAAAAUAGGAACAAAAUCACGCAAAAGCAUGAGCCAAGAGAAACCCUAGGAAGAACUAGGAUAUGGUCGCAUGAACUAGUAGUCUAUGAUCACAGGAAAACUGAAAACUAGAUGCCCAGAUCAUAUUUUUGAAUUUGCAGAAAUAAACACACAACAGGGAUCAAAACAUGCUCAGGAAGCUAGCAAUUCCAUUUUGGGAAAACUAGUUAAAAACAUGCAAGGGGGAGGAUUGCUCCAGUUGAGAGAAAAUAUGGCUAUUUUCACAGACUUUGGAAACUGAAAGACCAAACACUGUUAAGAGACUUUGAUCUGCUAGUUUUAGACACUUUCUACUUGUUCUUAAAAACUACUCUGUACCUGUGAUUGAAGGACUGAAUUUAAGUAACUUUGGAAGUGUAAACUGCUAUGAUCUGAUGCUUGCUUACACUGAAUAUUGAUAGGCAUUAACAUAAGCACUAAAAAUUGAAAUUAACAGAAAAAUGACAAACAAAAAUCAGGCUAAAAACAUUCACGCUAGAAGGCACUCACACUAGUAGCAACAAACAAAACUGAUAACAUAUUUACAGUUCAGAACUGAAAGGACAAAUUUGUGACUGUUAGAUAAAAUUACUGGGACCUUCUUUGCAAAAUUACUCUGCGUUUAUUUACAGUUCAGAACUGAAUACUUGUUCGCAUUAAGAGAUAAUUUACUCAAAAUAUUGAGUGCAGGUGCCUACAAUCGAACCAAAUGCAAUGAAAUGCAGCAUCAAAGGACAGGCGAUGUACCUCAAGAAAGAUGAAGUUGAUUUCCUUAACAUAUGGCUAUCUAAUAGCAGAAAACAAUCCUGAAAACAAAAAACAUUAUCGAAAACAUGCUUUCUCUAACUAGUUUCCUGACAAAUAACAAAGUGGAUCAUACUCUUUUACUGAGCUACUUCAGGCGCAAAUGAUGUACAAGGCGUAGCUGCAUUGCAAAAAUACAUAGAAAACUAAAAUAGAGAAAAUCUACCGACACUAUUCAUCGGCUAAUGAUAUAACAUUGAUUUACUUUGUGCAGCAACAAUAUGUGGAGCCUGAGCCUGACAUGACAAACUACAUGGAAUGGCAUAGUACUGACCAGAACAAUGAAUUCAAAUAUGCAGAAACACCUCCUAACACCAACGGGGAAGAGAAAAACGGGGAAAGGGCCGGUGGUUCCCAAGUUCGGCUCUUGGGACGCCGAGAACAUCGGCUACACCGUCUUCUUCGAGAAGGUGCGCGAGAACAAGGCCGCGCCCGUGCCGGGCACGGCGGCGCCGGCGCCAGCGCCCAGGGGGCACGACGACCAAGAGUUCGACCCGUAUGAGUACUACGAGAACCUCAGCCGGAACGUGCCCUUGCGCCCGCCCAGCUCGCACGGGCACCAGACGCCGGCGCAGCAUUACGACCACCUCGGCGGUAACGUGCCAUCGCGCCCGCCGAGCUCGCACGGCCACGGCCACCCGUCGCCGGCGCAGCACUACCCCCCGCAGCACGGCCACGGGGGCUACCACCGGCGGAACGGGAGCAACGGCAGCAGCGCCGCGUCCGAGGUCAGCAGCCGCGCCAGCAAGUUCUCGCCGCCCAGGCCGUACCAGCCGCGGUACGGCAACAACGGCGGCAGCUACCACCAGCCCCAGCAGCAGCAGCAGCAGGCCGCCGCCGCGUACGCCGCCCCGGUGCCGAGGCACCACCAGCAAGCGGCACCGGCGCCGAGGGUCGCCGCGUCCCCGCCGGCGAACGAGCGGCGCCCGGGCCAGGGCGCGCCACCGCAGGCCCGUGCCGCCAAGGCCCCGUCGGCCGUGCCCAAGUUCGGCGUUUGGGACGAGCAGAACGCGAACGCGGCGGCGCAGGGCUUCACGGUGCAGUUCGAGAAGGUGAAGCGGCACCGGGAGGUCGCCAAGGCCGCCGCGCCGGACGUGCCGCCGGUCGCGAAGCGGCAGCUCUCGCCGGACCGGGUGGCGCCCACGUGGGGCCACCCGCGAAGGAAGCCCAAGAAAUCCUUCCUGUCCAAGGUCUACGGGUGCCUGUUCCCAGUGGUCAGACAGUGACGGGGCAGCUGGUUCAUCUUAUAUACUCCUAUGUUUUUCUGGAAGGAACCCUGUAGUGUAUACAGUAUUUCAUUUGUUCAUUCGUUGUUCGUUAUGAGUAAUAUAUAUACUCCUUGGUAUUAAUAAAUCAUGGCAAGAUAAAAGCACUUGGCGUAUA